UAUAAUUUCGUGGUAGUGUAAUAAACUAUAGAAACAGGAAAAAAUAACUAAACAUUUUUGCGAUGCGUCCAAUACAAAAAAUCUGAUAUAUAAUUAUAUAUGUCAAGCACAUAAAUUAAAUAUAUGUUCAUAUAUGUUUUUCACUGAUUUAAAAGUUGCGUACUUUUACAUAAUAUGGAACAUAUAUUUCAAAAUACUACAAAAAUUGCAGUUUUCAUAGAGGUAAGAGGUAUUUUCCCAAAUACUAGUGGAAUUUGAAUAUGUACCUAUAUGUUGAAAUAUAAAUAUAUAUAUGAACUAUAUUUUUUCAUACAUGCUCAUAUGGCCAUAUGUCAGAUUUCUGUAUGGGUUUCCCCAUUAGAUGGCGCUAUAAAUAAUUUAAACUGAUAAUAUUCUAGUUACCUAAGAAAAGAACUUAAUCAAUUAUAUAAUAAAUGUAACUCUCAUUAAUAAAUCAUAUUCUUAAAAUCCACAUUCUUAUUUUAAACUUAUUAAUUUAUAAACAGUGAUAGUUUAAUUUAAAAAUAAAAAUAAGUAAAUUAUAGCUCUAAUGCAGGUUGCUGUAUUGAUCACCUUUAAGUGUACAGAUAUAGGCAUAUACAUUUAAUAAUAAUGCACCAUAGAGUGUAUGUAAUGCAAACAUAUUCAGGUCAUUGACUGGAGAAUUUGUAGUAGUCGUUUUCCAGAGGAGCCUUACAAAACACUAACAAAAAAGCACCAAAAAGUAGUAUGUAUAAUAUGUAUAAUUACCAAUAAUAUGAUAUCCUAUAAUAUUCUCUGAAGUACAAUGUAUAUACUGUAUCAUGCUACAGCUACUUGAAUUUGGUAAUCAUGUUCCUGCAUCUAUAAUGACAGCACACACUCUCUUCUUUAACUGUUCAUAAGAAACUGAAGAAUUUGCAUGUGAACUGGUUUGUCUUGUUCACACAUCUACAGAUCACACAAACACUGAAAAAAAACUACACGUCCGCUUUAAAUAAAAAUGUUGUUAGUUCGUAAGUGAGUAUCACUAGUAGCCUUAGCAAUAAAUAAAUAAAUAAAUAAUCAAUAAGCCUAAAUUGACUUUUUGCAAUAGUGGGAAAAACAAUAUAAUCUCAGUGUGCGCAUGCGCGUGUGGUGGGUGGAGCUCGAGCACAGGUGUUUCAAACACUCACCUGUCACAUCAGCAGAACGAAUGACCGCGAAAUCUCUCUCAUCUUCAUAUGAUCAAAUAACUACAAACAUGAGUUCAGACAUUUGUUUAUCAAACUCGGAAUAUUCCUGUGAAAGUUCAGGUUAUGUUUCGUGACAGAACUGCACCUGUACUUUUAUCUUUUAUUUUUCUUAAGUUUGUAUUUCUUUAAGGUGUUGGCACGCGGUGGAUCUUGAUGAAAACGAAUAUCAUUAACGGUGAUCUGGAUUAUUAUAUUAUACCGGAGUGAAAGAGGAACCGGAUGAGAAACAUUAUGAGAUGUGAAGCGAAUAUAAACUGCAGACUGACAUAUAAAUCAAACAACAUGACUAAACUACUGACCUGCACCAGUAUAUUCUUUUACACAACAGUGGUGUGUGUUCACGGUGAGUUCAUCGAGCCGCCUCCUUCAGUGUCGCUGCGCUCUUUCUCUGACACACUAACACGGCUGCCGUGUCGGUUUGCGGUGGACGGGGACGAGCGAGUCGUGCAAGUGACCUGGUCAAGACAGAAACCUGGAGGAGAGAGAGAACAAAUCAUCAUUGGACACUUUACUGAGGGACCCAAAGCGUCUCCUGAUUUUGUGAAUCACGUUCAGUUUGAGAGUUCUGAGCCGACUCUGGAUUCAACACUGUUGAUUCUGAACACAAAGAAAGCCGAUCAGGCCACAUACACCUGUCACAUCUCAACAUUUCCCUCCGGAAACUUUGAGAGACAGAUCGGUCUCACCGUCUGGAUUUUACCAGUCUCCUCGCUGGAGCCGGUAAUCCUGCAGGAAGGACAGUCGUUCCGAGUGGCUGCUACCUGCCGUUCGGUUGGCCACCCACCGCCGCGCCUCUCCUGGGACACGGACAUUCCCGGCCAGUCACAAAACUGGACUGGAGAGAAUGCCGUCGUGACCUCGCAGUUCUCCCUGCACCCUCUGCGCAGCAUGAACGGUGGUCGUCUGGACUGUCUUGUGUGGCAUCCGGCUUUGGACGGCCCGCGUAGACUACAAAACAACUUGAUCAUCCAUUUUCCUCCAGAUGCAGAGAUCGAUUCUUCUGGUUCCUGGAGCUUUGGUCACACAGGGGCGGCGCUCAAGUGUGUGGUUAAAGGAAACCCGCUGCCACAAAACACCACCUGGUCCAGGAAGGAAGGACAUUUGCCUGAUGGAGUUUUGGUUAAGGGUGAUAAGCUGGUCUUCAGUCGACCUCUGAAUGUGUCAGAUGAGGGUGUGUACGUCUGUCAGACUGCAAACAGUGUUGGGAUGGUUAAAGCAGAGUUUAAAGUGGAGAUUGAAAGACAGACGGAUGGAUUCACAAAUGCUAUCAGGAGUCAACCAGAGACCCUCCUCAUCAUUUUGGGGGCAUCUGUCACUGGGGGUUUGGUGGUUGUCAUGGUAAUCGUCAUCAUUUUCUUGAACUGUCACCUUAGACGAAAGAACAGGAAGUUGAAAAGGGCACUCAGCGUGAGAACAGAGGAAAUGAUCAGCCUCUCACGACAGGCGUCCAUGAGAAGACUCAACUCCAUCAACUCGGAUCCCAGAAUACAGCCUGAAGAGAGCUCGUUGAUUCGAGCGGACAGUGUCAUGAAAAACAGUGUUUUAUCAAUCGAGGAUCACUCCAACCUGAGUGACCCGAGAGGACGACACUCCGAUGGAGAGUAUGACAGUCUCGGGCGCCCUGCGAUAUAUAUGUCGUACCGGCCGGAGCGAGCCAGUGUACGGCUGAGAGAGGAAGAGAGAAAGGAACGCAUAUACAGAGUCGAAUCUUACGUGAGGUCCAGCAACAUUUCUCUGGAUUCUGGUCUUCACCGAGAUCAAAGUUCUCCUCCGGCCAUGAGCACUGGUCCUGCUGGAGAUAAGGAGACGGGUGGAGAAGGGUGGAGACGAGGUUCUCGAAGAGAGAUUCACAGAGAGGAACGUGACCAGAGAGAUGGAGAAGACAGAAUUCCUGAAGGAGAAGAAGGAAACUCUCAUCAGUUAUCCGAAGCCAUAACGAACUACUUCCAGUGCAGUAACGGUGGACUCACUCCAAAGGCAAAUCCAAAUGCUAUCAUACUACACCCACGAGGACAAAUGAUCUAGUGAACUACAAAUGGUGAUGUUUGAACUCCAGGAAUGAAGAUGUAAAUAAAGUGUUUGGAAUAUUUAGUUUUAUCGUCUCUAUGAUCACUACACAGGCUGUUAAAGGGAUAAUUUAUCCCAAAAAUUAAAAUAAUGUUAUCAUUUAGUCGCUCUCAUGUUUGUCCAAAACAGCAGGAUGUUCGUUCUUCUGUGGAACACAAAAGCAGAUAUUUAGCAGAAUGUUCAUGCUGCUCUUUUCCUUUCAAUGAAGGCAUAUAGUGAGCAGGGGUCGGAUUCACAAAAAUGUUAAGAAUAUUUAUAAACGUUGCUGGUUUAAGAAAGAAUAUAAGAACAUUCUUAAUAACCGGGAAUACAAAAUAUUCAGGAAUGUCAUCCAUACUACUCGUGUGCUAUAAUUCCUAAAUGGUUGCUAGGUUGUAUGCAGUUGCUAGGGUGUUAAAGUGAUAGAAUAAAAAGAAUGAUGUAAAGAUAGCAAAAGAAAGUGAUGGAGUGAUGGAUAGGAAGGAUGAGUGGUGGAGUUAUAGGAUGUAGAUUGAAUCCUCUAAAGGAGUUAUUACAGGAAAAAGUUUUCAUACCUUGAAUGGAAGUCAAAAUGACAUGAGGCCUUUUCGGAAGUCCGAUACUGGAAUACCGUAAUUCCGAUCAGUUAGAAAAGAUAUAGCACACUAUUCGGGAUUAGUCUGAAGGUCUGUGCAGAGUUUGGUGCAUGUAGCUUAAAAGCUCUACUUGGUUGCUAGGGUGAGCUCAGUUGGUUGCUAGGCAGUUUCCAGAGUGAUACUAACAAGGCUGCUUGCUGGCCUGAGUCAUACGAGCCAACAAUGAAGUCUUUAUGAUAUUCUGAUCCGGAGAUAUCGAUCUAAGCUCAUUUUAAUGGAAGUCAAUGGGUUUUGGUUGCUAGGGUGAACUAAAUGGUUACUAGGGUGUGGCUAAGUAUUGUCCAGCAUGAAAUGUAAAAUCUAAAGGCGCCUUUCUGAGUCAAAUAAGCCAAAGUUGAAGUCUCUGCGAUGUUGUGGUGCAGAGAUAUGUGUUUUGCUACACGGUUGCUAGGGUAAGUCCAUCUGGUUGCUAGGAAGUUGCCAGGGGAUCCUAAAAAGGCUGCUUGCUGGACUGAGUGUAAUGAGACAAACCUGAAGACUCUAUGACAUUCUGAUCAGGAGAUAUCCAUCUAAGCCAUUUUGAAUGUCAGUCAAUGGGUUUUGGUUGCUAGGGUGCUUUUCCUCACAAACUGACCCCUUUCUUUCUCUGUAGAUAUCGACGAAAUAUCUACAUAUAGUUUUGUGAAAAAGAAAACACUGGCUGUAUGACAGUAUUUACCGUGAAUCUACUUUGGAACAAUAUUUAUUGUGAAUACUUAAUUGAAAUUAAUUGAAAUAUUUUCUCUAAUCUAAUAAUGCGAGGAAGUAAACACUGAUAUUGUGUAGAAAAAAAUACAGCCUGUUAAUUAAAUAUAAUGUAAAUAUAUUUCAGAGAAUAUUUUAAUGAUUUGUUGUGGCUUUAGUACAAUGACAAAUAAAGGCCAAUUAUUUAAUUUUGGUAAUAAUAUGCAGUCUAAAUAUCAAGCUUACAAUUUUUCACACAUGGUAAAAACAAUUCAUUAUACAUUAAAAUAUCUACAGUGGCAAGAAAAAGUAUGUGAACCCUUUGGAAUUAGCUGGUUUUCUGCAUUAAUUGGUUAUAAAAUGUGAUCUUAUCUUCAUCAAAGUCACAAGUAUAGACAAACACAAUGUGCUUAAGCUAAUAACACACAAUUAUAAUCCAUGUCUUUAUUGAACACAUCCCAUUAAACAUCCACAGUGCUGUGGAAAAAGUAAGUGAAUCCUUAGUUUAAUGACGUCAAUAAAAUCUAAUUAGAGUCAGGAGUUGCAAACCUGGCAUCCAAUUAAUGAAACGAGAUUGGAGGUGUGGGUUAGAGCUUCUUUGACGAAGCAUCUGCUGACGUGGGUUACAAAGGGUUGCAAAGUUAUCUUGAAGAGCUUAGAUAUUCAUCUGUCCACAGUUAGACAAACUGUCUAUAAAUGGAUGAUUUAGUACUAUAGGUACUCUCACUAGAAGUGGCCGUACAGCCAAGAUGACUCAAAGGACACACUGCAGAAUGCUAAAUGAGAGUGACUGAUAAAGACCUGAAGGAAUCAUUGGAACUGGUUAACAUCUCUGUUCAUGAGUCUACUAUACAGAAAGCAUUAAACAGGUAUGGUGUCCAUGGCAGGACACGAUGAAGGAAGCCGCUGCUUUCAUACAAAAACAUUUCUGUGUGCCUGAAGUUUGCCAAAGACCACCUUGACACUCCACAACACUACUGGGAAAAUGUUUUGUGGACUGAUGAAAGUACGGUUGAAUUGUUUGGGGAAAAUAUGCAGCACUAUGUAUGGCAUAAAAAGGGCACCACAUACCAACAUGAAAACAUCAUCCCAACUGUGAAGUACGGUGGAGGGAGCAUCAUGAUUUGGGGCUGCUUUGCUGUUUCAGGGUCUGGACCGCUUGCCAUCAUCGAGGGAAAAAUGAAUUCCCAAAUUUAUCAAGAUAUCCUACAGAAUAAUGUCAGGGUGUCAGUGCGCCAGCUGAAGAUCAGUAGAAGUUGGGUGAUGCCGCAGGACAAUGACCCUAAACAUCAAAGUAAAUCCGCUACAGAAUGACUUUAGAAAAAGAAAAUCCUCCUUUUGGAGUGUCCCAAUCAGAGCCCAGACCUUAACCCAAUAGAGAUGCUGUGGAAUGACCUCAAGAGAGACAUUCACAACAGACAGCAUAAGAAUAUGACUGAGCUGAAGCAGCUCUGUAAGGAAGAAUGAUCCAGAAUUUCUUCUGAAUCAGAAACACUUGGUUGAGGUUAUUGCUGCCAAAGGAGGAUCAACCAGUUAUUAAAUCCAAGGGUUCACUUACAUUUUCCACAUCACUGUGAAUGUUUAAUGUGAUGUGUUCAAUAAAGACAUGAAGGAUUAUAAUUGUUUGUGCGUUGUUAGCUUAAGCACAUUGUGUUUGUCUAUAUUUGGUAACUUCAGUGAAGAUGAGAUCACAUUUAUGACCAAUUAAUGCAGAAAACCAGCUAAUCCCAAAGGGUUCACAUACUUUUUCUUGCCACUGUAGCUAGCUUUAUAUUUUAAUGCAAGGGCAUCAUCAUACAGUAUUUGGGGUCUAAGGCAAUAAACAGUUUUUGAGCUGAACAGCAUCUGUCCCCAUUCACUUUUAUUUCAUGGUAAAGAGCAGCGUGAACAUUCUGCCUAAUAUCUCCUUUUGUGUUCCACAGAAGAAAGAAAGUCUAAGGGUUUGGAACAACAUGAGGAUGAGUAAAUUAUGAACAACUAAAUCAAACUCCCUUAUGUAAGAGGAUGUGAUGGGAAAAUGAAGGAUUGCAAGAGAGUUUUCAAAGUCAUUCGCUGGAUUAUACGAGCAUAUCAGCUUCAAAGAGAUUUCAACAGUAUCAACAUGUGAUCUCAGACAAUUGAUGAGUCGUGUAUAUAAUUGCAGGUAUAUGCUGUGUGGUUUAAAUAUAUGCCUGAGAACACCUGCGCAUCUCUGCUGACUCAAACAUACUGACUUUAAAUGAAUCUACUGGACCAAGUCUGUGCGAAAGUUGUGUUGAUCGUAAUUUGUGCCUCUUCUAGACACCGUCUACCUCUGAAGAUCUCAUCACACAGUGCCAAGACUACAAACAUUUAAGAGAUAAUUAUAAGUAACCUAUUGGUGGUUUGACUUCCUAAAACAUGACAAAACGUUGUUCGUUAGAAUGGCACAUCAUCUUCUGGCUCAACCAGUGAUGUUAUUUUGGGCCGGGACUAGCUGUUUGGCCGACCAAUGGAGAGUUUAGAAAUCUAUUUGGAAACAUUUUUGGAAGUACGCCACUAGUGCCACAGAAAUGACACAUUUUACCAGUCAAGCUAGCUUCAGUGUGUUUAGAUAAUGGACAAAAGUCUGGAUUAGAGGAGAUUGUUGGCGGUAAAUCCAUUCCAGGUGUUGAACGCCAGUCUUCAGAUGUUCUUGUUUGAAGUUAUAAAUCCAUUAAUUGCCAGUUAUAUUUAGUAUUUGUAAUGCUGUAAUAAAUGAGUGUGGGAGAUCCUCUCUCAAAGAGAUGUA